UGUUGGAAUAGGUAACUGUAUCAGGCCAAUACUGGCCGUAUUUAAAGGUAUCGUGUACUUAUGGAGGCUGCAGAUAACAGCUAUGGAUACUUCAGGUUUAAAAAAAAAAAAAAAAAUCUGACAUCAGGUCAGUCCUCCAAGGCAGCAGUUGCCGCUUUACUCCCGCAGUUUGUCACAUCAUCAGCCUCAUGUUCGAUGAAAUUUUAUACAGUAUAUCAAAAGUAGCUCAGGUAUCGGUACGCCAUAUUGGUGAGUACUCAAAGGGUAAAUACCGCUCUCUGUAUGGCAAAGAUGUGGUAUUGAAAAUCUCUCAUUAUUAUAAUUAUUCGCAGGAGUACAAUGUUUACAAUGAUGAAAAUAUUAAUUGUAAAACUCUCCUGCAUGUUUUGUACGAAAUCAAAUGUCAUAAAUGGACCUUAACUGUUACCUCCUCCAAGGUGGCGUGGCGGGUGCCGGGUCGUUACAUGGUGAUCCUGCAUGGCGAGGGCGAUGUGCACAGGAACAUCAGGAAGCUGAGGACCACUGCGGCAAGGAGGGGCCACCAAGUCGAGGUCCUUCGCACCUUCUUCUUCUUCUCGGGGGCUCUGCGAGGCUUCCUGGUCAAAAUGAGCAGUGAUGUCAUCCAACUGGCACUGAAGCUCCCUCAUGUCCAAUACGUGGAGGAGGACUCGUUCAUCUUCGCCCAGAGCGCCCCCUGGAGCCUCCACAAAGACUUACACGAACGUCACUUUGGCGGCACCGGGGAAAAGACAACGUACACUCCGCCCAAUGAUGGCGGCAUGAUGGAAGUUUAUCUGAUGGAUGGCAGCAUUCGGGCUUCUCACAGAGAGCUGAAAGGACGAGUGGUCGCUACAGACUUCAAUGAAAUUCCGGAAGAAGAUGAGGUCAAAGCUAGCCGGUGUAGCGCUCACAGCACACAUGUUGCAAGUGUGGUAAGCGGGACGGACUCGGGUGUGGCCCGAGGUGCGGGCAUCCACUUGGUGCGAGUGCUCAACUGUCACGGAAAGGGGUCCGUAUCAGGUGCUCUGGCGGGCUUGGAGUACAUCCGGUCCACCGUAAACAGGAGUCCAGUCGUCGUGUUGCUGCCUUUUGUCGGUGCCUUCAGCCGCUCGUUGAACGUGGCCAGUCGGAAGCUGGUGGCCAGCGGCGCCGUGGUCGUCGCUGCAGCCGGGAACUACAAAGAUGACGCCUGCUUCUACUCACCGGCGUCCGAACCUGAGGUGAUCACGGUGGGAGCGGUCGACGUUUCGAACCGGCGUGUGGCACUCGGAUCUGGCGGCACUAACUUUGGGCGGUGCGUCAACCUGUUCGCGCCUGGUGAUGAUAUUAUCAGCGCUAGCAGUGAGUGCGACACCUGCUUCACGGCCCGCAGCGGAACGUCACAGGCGGCAGCGCACGUGGCAGGCAUCGCAGCUUUGAUCCUGUCAUCCAAUCGGAAAGCAUCGCCACUGCAAGUCCUUCAUGCGAUGCUACGCUACUCCACCAGCAGGAUAAUUGACGUUCGUGCGCUUAUGGGACGACAUCGUCUCAACACUCCAAACGCGAUGGCCGCCAUGCAGCAUACUGUCAACAAUAUGACAAGUAAACAAGACUUUAAUCAGUACUUUGGCUUUGAGUGCCGAGUGUCAGAACCGCGGCUCCUCAGCUCCUGUCCUCCGGGCUGGACCCGGACUCAGUGGAGGCCAGAGGGCUGGGGUGACACCGUCUGCUGUCGCGGCAGAAGAGUGUAAAAAUGUGGACCUAAUGAUGUGGCCAAUCAGCAGCAUGAAAUCAAAUAAGCAAUCAAAUGGAAAGCUUGAUGAGGCCUGGAGGAGGCGGAACAUAAUCAACUUGAUUGGAGUCGGCCUGAUUAACAUUUAAGACUGCAUGUGGCUUUUUAGCACUAAACAAGUUCAUGGAGGUAAUUCUGUUAUUUAGUUAAAACAUAAUUGUUUUAUUUAUUGUUGGGAUGAUUUGUUGUUAAAAAAAAAUGUUUUCUAAUUCCGAGACAACCGUUGCUGUGUGCUUUAUUAU